AUGUCUGACGAUCUGGCUGUGCAAACUACAAGCAUUGUGUCCUCAUCAGCAUCAAGCACUGUCUGGUACGAGAUAGAGGAGACUACUCCAUCGACGACUGAGGAUCUGGCUGUUCAGGUUACGACUAUUGUGUCCACCACAUCAAGUAGUCUGUGGUACGAUGUCGAGGAGACCUCUUCAGCCACGUCUGACGACAUGGCCGUCCAAACACCGAGCAUAGCGUCUUCAUAUACAUCAAGUAGUCUUUCGUAUGAUGCAGAGGAAACGACAACUACGGCCUCUGUGGAAAGCGAGCAACCAACCACUUCCAUCCCGGAGUACCAACCACCACAGCUUGACCGACCGCCAAAACUCGAGGAUCUCCUGUACCCAAGCACCACAACCGCUGAGACCGUACCUACAAAUCCACCACCCAGUCCGCUAUCCAAAGCAAUAGUAAUCGGCCGCCUGUCUUCCGAAGACGUAGACUGGGUAGCACAAGACCUCCCAGACUGGCAACACUACAUCUACACCGUCGACCUCUCCGCCAACGGCAGCAUCUCCCCCACCGGUCUCCGCACACACAUCAACAAAGGCCGUGAAUCAAUGCCGUACCUAACCUACAUAAUCGACCACUACGACAACCUCCCCGACAUCAGCGUCUUCCUCCACGCCCACCGCAACGGCUAUCCAGCCGCCUGGCACAACGACGCCAAAGACUACGAUGCGGUGAACAUGCUACACGAUCUCCAACUCCACUUUGUACAGCAAGAAGGCUACGCCAACCUCCGCUGUCGCGCAGACCCAGGCUGUCCCGCUGAGGUUCAACCCUGGCGGGAACCCUUCGAUGCAGAAAGGGAUACCGAGCACAUCUACCCAUUCGUCUACGGCACCUUCUUCAACAAAACUUUCGAUCAAUACCGCAGCGAAAUUGGCAUAGUGGCGACGCAAUGUUGUGCCCAGUUCGCCGUCUCCAGGGAUCAGAUUCGGGUGCGUCCCAAGGCCGAGUACUUGAGAUGGAGACAGUUUGUCAUCGAGACGGAGUUCUCGGAUGCGUUGAUCGGGAGGGUGUUGGAGUAUAUGUGGCAUAUUAUUUUUGGACGGCAGGCGGUGCAGUGUACGGAGGUGAGGAAGUGUUGGUGUGAGGUUUUUGGGCGGUGUGAUGAUUGGGCCGUUAAGGCUGGAGGGGGAUGA